GUUAUUCAGCUUCUUAAAGCUGGAAAAGCCAAGGAAGUAUCCUACAACGCCCUUGCCUCACACAUAAUUUCGGAGGAUGGGGACAACCCGGAGGUUGGAGAAGCUCGGGAAGUCUUUGACCUACCUGUUGUAAAGCCUUCCUGGGUGAUCUUGUCUGUGCAGUGUGGAGCUCUUCUGCCAGUAAAUGGUUUUUCUCCAGAGUCGUGUCAGAUUUUUUUUGGAAUCACUGCCUGCCUUUCUCAGGUGUCCUCUGAAGACAGAAGUGCCCUGUGGGCCUUGGUUACGUUCCACGGAGGCAGCUGCCAGCUGAGCCUCAAUAAGAAGUGCACGCAUUUGGUAGUGCCGGAGCCCAAGGGGGAGAAAUACGAGUGUGCUGUGAAGCGAGCUAGUAUUAAAGUGGUGACUCCUGACUGGGUGCUGGACUGCGUGUCUGCGAAGACGAGGAAGGACGAAGCACCUUACCAUCCGCGCCUGAUCAUCUACGAGGAGGAGGAGGAAGAGGAGGAGGAGGGGGAGGGGGAGGGGGAGAACGAGGAGCAGGACUCCCAGAACGAGGGCAGCACUGAGGAGAAGUCGAGCCCGGCCAGCUCGCAGGAGGGCUCUCCUCCUGGGGACCAGGCUUUCUCUCCCAAGCCCAGCACGGAGACCUCCAAAGGGGAGUUGAUGUUUGACGACUCCUCGGACUCCUCGCCUGAGAAGCAAGAGCGGAACUUGAACUGGACCCCUGCUGAGGUGCCCCAGCCUACGGCUGCCAAGCGCAGGCUGCCCCAGGGCAAGGAGGCUGGGCUCAUUAACUUGUGUGCCAAUGUCCCGCCAGUCCCUGGGAACAUCCUGCCUCCGGAUGUCCGGGGGAACUUCAUGGCUUCUGGGCAGAACCUGCAGAGUGCUGACAGAGGGGAAAUGAUCAGCACGUGGAGCCCUGCCGUGCGGACACUGAGGAAUAUUACUAAUAAUGCUGACAUUCAGCAGCUCAACCGGCCGUCAAAUGUAGCGCAUAUCCUACAGUCCCUGUCGGCUCCCACAAAGACCCUGGAGCCGCAGGUAGGCCAUGGCCAGCAGGGGCACGGCAAUGCCAGCGCCAGUGCCAUGCUGCUCAGCCAGCCGAGGGGCACUCCUGACACACACCUGCCACCACCGCACCGCCAGCCCCCACCGCAGCACCCUUUGCAGCACCCUGUCCUCCACCUGCAGCCCCCACAGAUGCCCCAGCAGCCCUGCCCACAGCAGCAGCACCCAUUCCCUCAGCAGCCGCAGCAGCCCCAGCAGCAAGUCCUUCAGCACCCCUUCCCCCAGCAGCAGCUGCACCCACAGCCGCAGCUGCACCGCCCCCAGCAGCCCCUGCAGCCGUUCCAGCAGCAGCAUCUGCAGCAGCAGCUCCAUCAGCUGCAGCAGCAGCAGCUCCAGCACCAGCAGCUGGCACAGCUGCAGCACCAGAGCCUGCUACAGCAGCAGAUGCAGCAGCAACAGGUGCAGCAGCAGCAGCUGCAGCGCCUCCACCAGCAGCAGCAGCAGCAGCAGCUUCAGCAUCCUACCGCUCCACACCUGGGCCAGGCUCCCCCAGCUAUGCAGCACCAGGCCCCGCACCUGCAGCCCCCACCUCAACAGCCUCUGUCACAGCUGCCGCUGUGUGGACAUGACCCAACUGUGGAGAUUCCAGAAGAAGGCUUCCUGCUGGGGUGCGUGUUUGCGAUUGCAGAUUACCCAGAACAGAUGUCUGACAAGCAGCUGCUGGCCACCUGGAAAAGGAUCAUCCAGGCACAUGGCGGCGUGGUGGACCCCACCUUCACGAGCCGGUGCACGCACCUCCUCUGUGAGAGCCAGGUCAGCAGCAUGUACGCACAGGCGAUCAGAGAGAGGAAGCGGUGUGUCACUGCACACUGGCUGAACACCGUCCUGAAGAGGAGGAAGAUGGUGCCACCCCACCGAGCCCUGCACUUCCCGGUGGCGUUCCCGCCCGGGGGGAAGCCGUGCUCACAGCAUAUCAUCUCGGUGACUGGGUUUGUGGACAGCGACAGGGACGACCUAAAGUUGAUGGCGUACCUGGCGGGUGCCAAGUACACGGGCUACCUGUGCCGCAGCAACACAGUGCUCAUCUGCAGAGAACCCAGUGGUUUGAAGUACGAGAAGGCCAAAGAGUGGAGGAUCCCGUGCGUGAAUGCACAGUGGCUGGGGGACAUCCUGCUGGGGAACUUCGAGGCGCUGAGGCAGGUCCAGUACGGGCGGUACACGGCCUUCAACCUGCAGGACCCCUUCGCGCCCACGCAGCACCUGGUGCUGAACCUGCUGGAUGCGUGGAGAGUUCCAUUGAAAGUGUCACCAGAGCUGUUGAUGGGCGUAAGAUUACCUCCCAAACCAAAGCAGAGCGAAGUAACCAGCAUCCCGCCUUCUUCCAAAAGAGCCAGAAUUGAGGAUCUACCACCUCCCACCAAAAAGCUGACCCCGGAGCUGACACCUUUGGUACUUUUCACUGGAUUUGAGCCCGGCCAGGUGCAGCAGUACGUUAAGAAGCUCUAUGUCCUGGGUGGGGAGGUGGCCGAGUCCGCGCAGAAGUGCACCCACCUCAUCGCCAGCAAGGUGACGCGCACCGUGAAGUUCCUGACGGCCAUCUCCGUGGUGCAGCACAUCGUGACGCCGGAGUGGCUGGAGGAGUGCUUCAAGUGCCAGGAGUUCGUGGACGAGCAGAACUACAUCCUCCGAGAUGCUGAGGCUGAAGUGCUUUUCUCUUUCAGUUUGGAGGAGUCCUUGAAGCGGGCGCACCUUUCUCCGCUCUUCAAGGCAAAAUACUUUUACAUCACCCCUGGCAUCUGCCCAAGCCUGUCCACCAUGAAGGCGAUUGUGGAGUGUGCGGGCGGGAAGGUGCUGUCCAAGCAGCCGUCCUUCCGCAAGCUCGCGGAGCAUAAGCAGAACAAGAGUCUGUCAGAAAUCAUCGUGAUAUCCUGCGAAAACGACCUCCACCUGUGCCGGGAGUACUUCGCCAGAGGGAUAGAUGUUCACAAUGCAGAGUUCGUUUUAACGGGAGUGCUAACACAGACGAUGGACUAUGAGUCGUAUAAAUUUAACUGAAGGCCCCGCCCUGCGAGCCGCGCAGAUCCGAGCAGGCGCCUGCGCUCCACCGCCCGCCUGCGCGCUUGUUUUCCAGCCGCGUCCUCAGGGAGGAGACACGGAAGCAGGAAGACAUGGGAUACCCACGGUGCAUCGUAUUGAGAUGUGUAAUUUUAUUCUGAUGAAACAUAAAUUAUGUUUUGUAUUAUAUGACUUUAUGAGGCCACAUUAGGUUUUAUGAUUCAUUUGCCAGGCUUUUAAAUGUCUUCACAAAACUGUAUGGGAUUUCAGCUACAAAUAAAAUGGUGUAAAUAAAGAUCUUACUAUCUAAAUUAUGGAUGUUAAAGAUUUGAAAUGUUUUGUACUUUGAUUAUUUUUAUUUCUUAUACUCUUUUCUUUUGUAUUGAUAUCUUGCCCACAU